CACUCCACACAACACAGCCUCUUCCUCCAGCCAGGCCAGCACAGCAGAAGGACAUCCACACCACAGCAUCAUGAGUCAGAGGAACACCAGGCACAGCAGCCCUGGGCUGUAUCAGGCAGGGUCUUUCAGCAGCAUGUCCAUGGGCUCCUACAGCAGACCCCAGGCCAGCACUGGCCCUUACAUGGGGGCUGCCAUCACACCCGUGUGUGUUAACAAGAGUCUGCUGGCACCUCUCAACGUGUCCAUCGACCCCACCAUCCAGGCUGUCCGCAUCCAGGAGAAGGACCAGAUCAAGAGCCUUAACAACCGAUUUGUUUCCUACAUUGAUAAGGUGAGAUUGCUGGAGCAAAAAAACAAGAUGCUGGAGACCAAAUGGAAUCUUCUGAACGGCCAGACGAAAGACCCCUCUAACAUUGAGCCAUUGUUCAACAACUACAUUGCCAACCUGCGUAGGCAACUGCAGCAGAUAGAGAAUGACAAGGACAGACUGAGUGUGGAGAACAACACGAUGCACAAGGCUGUGGAAGACUUCAAGUCCAAGUUUGAGCAAGAGAUCCACAAGAGGAAUGCAUCUGAGAAUGAAUUUGUCCUGCUGAAAAAGGAUGUGGACAGUGGGUAUAUGUCCCGUGUGGAUCUUGAGGAGAAGAUGGCUGGUCUGGUGGAUGAGAUCAACUUCCUCAAGACUCUGUAUGAUGAGGAGCUGAGGGAGCUGCAGGCCAGCAUUCAGGACACCUCAGUCGUGGUCCAGAUGGACAACUCACGGGCCCUGAACAUGGACCAGAUUAUCAGUGAUGUUAGGGCUCAGUAUGAGGACAUCGCAGCACGCAGCAGAGAGGAGGCUGAGGCCUGGCACAAGACCAAGUUUGACCAGAUUUCUGCCCAAGCUGACCAAUAUGGGAACGAGUUGCGUGCCACCAAGGCAGAGAUUGCAGACUUGAACCGCCAGAUUGCCCGGCUGCACAAUGACAUUGCUUCAGUGAAGGGACAGUGCACCAACCUGGAGAACCAGAUUGCUGAAGCAGAAGAUCGUGGUGAGAUGGCGGUGAAGGAUGCCAGGGGCCGCAUCAGAGAUCUGGAGCUGGCUCUGCAGAGGGCCAAGCAGGACAUGGCCCGGCAGCUGAGAGAGUACCAGGACUUGAUGAAUGUCAAACUGGCCCUGGACAUUGAGAUCUCUACCUACAGGAAACUGCUGGAGGGAGAGGAGGACAGAAUUGGCCAACAGUCUGUCCUCAGCAUCCACUCAGUACCCAACCACAGCCCCAAGGUGGUGACCUGCUACCAGCAGAGCACCAAACACCCUGUCCUCAUCAAGACAGUGGAGACACAAAACAGAUCAUUCACCUAAAUUAGAAAAACUAAUGAAGCCUUUUGAUGCCAAAAUAUACCACAAGUAAAAUAAAAAUAAAUACUAAAUACUAAUAACUGUGAAAAACAACAAUGAAAUCUACAUGUUUUUUCAGCUCAUGGUGGACACUAUUCAUUAAUCUUUAUUUAUGUAUUAGUAAAUCUUAAUUUAAGUAAAUCUGUGACUGUAAAAAACCUUAAACAUAAUGAUGAAAUCUCUUCACAACUGUCUGUCUUCACUAUUGUUAGUAGUAACAGUGUCUGUAGUGCAAUGUUCUCAAAAUUCUAAUAAAGAUACAAAGAUAUGAACUGUAA